UGCCUCACUUCCUCGAGGAAGGCUCAUGGACCUGUAUAAAAGGUCUCCCAUCCUUCAGCCCUCCACUCACUUCACCUCAUUGUCCUCUCAGUCAACCACAAGCAAGCAAGCUUUGCCUUCACUCCAACAAAGAUGGGCUGUAACGAUUGCUGUUCUUCAUCCUGCGGUCAGUCCAGCUGCUCACCCUGUUGCGGUCAGUCCAGCUGCAAACCCUCCUGUGGCCAGUCCAGCUGUUCAUCCUGCUGCGGUCAGUCCACCUGUUCACCCUGUUGUGGUCAGUCCAGCUGCUCACCCUGCUGUGGUCAGUCCAGCUGCUCACCCUGUUGCGGUCAGUCCAGCUGCAAACCCUCCUGUGGCCAGUCCAGCUGCUCACCCUGCUGUGGUCAGUCCACCUGUUCACCCUGUUGUGGUCAGUCCACCUGUUCACCCUGCUGUGGCCAGUCCACCUGUUCACCCUGCUGUGGUCAGUCCACCUGCUCACCCUGCUGUGGUCAGUCCAGCUGCAAACCCUGCUGUGGCCAGUCCACCUGUUCACCCUGCUGUGGCCAGUCCACCUGUUCACCCUGCUGUGGUCAGUCCAGCUGCAAACCCUGCUGUGGUCAGUCCAGCUGUUCAUCCUGCUGCGGUCAGUCCAGCUCACCCUGUUGCGGCCAGUCUCUCUGCGCCCCCUGCUGCCCUGCAGCGAUAUCAUGUUGCCAAACCAAGAUUGACUGUGGUGCCAAGAAAUGCUAAAGGACCAUCUGGAGCACGUGCAAGUCCAUAAGCAGCCAAUGCAACAGCCGGAAUAGCAGUGCAACUGUCUGCACUGGUUGUGAAGGCUGCUGAGCUUCGUCACUACCCUGAAUGAAUUGCCUCAAGCUUCUCACCUGGCUCCUUCAGUCACUUAUUAGAUUUUUAUUUUUCUCCAUUUCCCUUUAUUCAAUUAAAAGCUUUUUCAUCUGUGAAGGUGCCAAGCCCAUCAAAUAUAGAAUAGAUGGUGUCUUCAUUUUCCUGUCGGUGUUUUAGGGUCCUCAUUUAUCCCAUGUGAUUUCUCCAACCAGCUAUGUAGACAAUAAUAAAAUUCUGAAAUCAUGAAA